AAAAGACAAAAGACAUUAGUAAAUAAAGUAACAAUAGUCCAUGAGGAAGACUUUGGUCCUAACCCCGCGAUUUUCGCUUAAUCACCCUCGAAUUUCUCACUAAAUUAUAUCAACAUCCAUUUUAUCAUUCUUUCCCUUUGUUUUACUGGGUGUUUUUUUGCAAUCAUUGUUGCUCAGUUUCUUGCUAUAUUUUAAGAUUUUUGUUUACUGUUUUCAGUGCUUUUUGAGCUUCGAUCCAUUGAUGCCUCUUUCUUGGUUUGAAAUUGAGAUUAAGGUGAUGAUAUGACAUAGUGAAAGUAAGAUGAGCCGGACUGAAGUGAAAACCAGGCCACCUCUUGUUCCACUCGGGACUUUACUUGGUCGUGAGUUGAGGAACGAAGGUGUUGAUAAGCCCGCCAUUAAGUAUGGGCAGGCUGCUAUGUCAAAGAAAGGGGAAGAUUAUUUUCUAAUUGAGCUCAAAUGCGAGAGGAAUAUAGAAAAUUCGUCGAAGCCCUUCUCGGUUUUUGGGAUUUUUGAUGGGCAUAAUGGUAUCUCUGCUGCUGUAUAUACAAAGGAGAAUUUGCUCAACAAUGUAUUGACUGCCAUCCCUCAGGGAUUAAGUAGAGAAGAGUGGCUGCAAGCUCUACCACAGGCAUUAGUUGCUGGAUUUGUGAAGACUGACAUUGAGUUUCAGCAGAAAGGAGAGACAUCCGGUACGACUGUUACAUUUGUGGUGAUUGACGAGUUGACUGUGACCGUUGCAUCUGUUGGAGAUUCUAGAUGCAUAUUGGACGCACAAUGUGGUGUAGUUGUAUUGACAGUUGACCAUAGGCUAGAAGAGAAUGUAGAAGAGAGGGAACGAGUCACUGCAAGCGGAGGGGAAGUAGGCCGACUUAAUGUUUUUGGCGGAAAUGAGGUUGGUCCGCUCCGCUGCUGGCCUGGUGGAUUGUGUCUUUCCAGGUCAAUAGGUGACACAGACGUGGGGGAGUUUAUUGUCCCAGUACCUCAUGUCAAGCAAGUGAAGCUUCCAAAUGCUGGGGGAAGACUUAUAAUUGCAUCUGAUGGCAUUUGGGAUGCCCUGUCAUCUGAUAUGGCUGCGCAAGCUUGCCGGGGACUACCUGCGGAGCUUUCCGCGAAGCUGGUUGUGAAGGAGGCUCUCAGGUCAAGAGGUUUGAAAGAUGAUACAACCUGCCUGGUGGUUGAUAUUCUAUCUUAUGAUCAUCCUGUAUUACCUCCAGUAGUUAGGAAAAGACAAAGUCCUCUUACUUCAUUUAUUUUGAGGAAAAAAUCCCAGAACUUAACAAAUAAAGGAACAAGCAAUCUCUCAGCUGUUGGGGUAGUGGAGGAGUUGUUUGAAGAGGGUUCUGCAAUGUUGGCGGAGAGGUUAGGUAAAGACUCCCAUCUGGAUCCAAACUCUGGGCUUGCCAAAUGCGCAAUAUGCCAAGUGGAUCAACCAUCAAGUGAUUGUAACUCUGACAACUCUGAGACCAUCUUCUUGUCUGCCAAACCCUUGGAAGGUCCUAUCCUGUGCACCAACUGUCUAAAAAAGAAAGAUGCCAUGGAAGGAAAACGGGCGACCACUUCAACACAGGCUGCAUAAUUUUAUUUAUUGAUUUUAUCACUACCGCCAGUGACUAUGUAGACCUGGCAGUUUGAGCACCUAGAUUUUCAUCUAUAGAAGCAUGAAAUGAUGAAGUAGAGAUAUAGAGUAUUGAUAGAUGUUGGUAGAUCCGGUGAGUCUGUUCAUUAUGAUGUGUGCGAUGCUGUUAGAUUGACUGACCAUGUACAGAUAUAUGCUAUCUGAUACUCAUACAUUUGAUAGUUUGAUUGUCAGCAACUUAAAAUGCAAGUAAAAGUCAGUGGUUGUGAAAUGAAACUACCAAGUUGGAAGAA